UUGAAUAAGUUGGACUUUGCCCACCAGAUGGUUGAUGAAAUUCCUCAACCAAAGGCGUACGCCUGGAACCAAUUGAUCAAAAGCCAUCUCUCCAAUAAGAAUCCUCACAAUGCUCUCUCCGUUUAUCAUGGAAUGAUGCUUCAUGGUGUCCGUCCCGACAAUCAUACUAUCCCCCGCCUCUGCUUAGACUUAGCGUUCGGGAAACAAGUUCAUGCACAUGCUUUCAAGCUCGGCUUCUCCUCCGACGUCUAUGUCGUCACUGCUUUGAUUCAAUUGUAUGGUAGUCUACAGGGUGUCGAAACUGCGAAAUGGGUGUUGGAUAAUGCCCCCACUUUCAGUUCUGUUGCUCUUACUAUACUGGCUAAGCUGUACUUAGAGGACAAUAAACCCCACUAGGCUUUUGAGAUCUUUAACCGAAUGCUGCGGUCGAAGGCCGCAAUCGAUCCGGUGGCAUUGGCAACAGCCGCUGGCACAUGUUCCCUCUUGAAGUCGAUACAACAUGCUAGAAACGUGCACAAGAUUGCUAUGGAUUGCCGUUUCGAAUUUCAUGUACUUGUCUGCAAUUCACUGAUGAAAAUGUAUAUUGAUUGUGAUAGUCUGGAGGAAGCUCGAUCUCUGUUUGAUGCAAUGCCAUCACGAGAUCUCAUUUCGUGGACGGAGAUGAUACAAGGACAUGUUAAAAACGGGGGAUAUAACGAGGCCCUCAAAUUGUGUUGCCUAAUGACUAGGGCCGGAAUCAAACCUGAUUCUCUCACGAUCGCUAGCAUUCUUCCGGCCUGUGCACGUGUACCGACUCAUAAGCAAGGGAAGGAACUACAUGGCUUCUUGCUUAGGAAUGGAAUAGACACGAAUCUCAUAGUCCAGAAUGCUUUAAUGGACAUGUAUGCCAAAUCGGGAUUCAUUGAAUUAGCUUCAAAUGUUUUCACUUCCAUGAUCAAGAGAGAUAUUUUCUCUUGGACUAAAAUGAUAUCGGGAUAUAGCUUGCAUGGACAUGGAAGGCGAGGACUAGAUUUGCUUUUAGAGAUGGAGAAAAAUUCCAGGUUACAUAUAGACGAGUUCGCAUACGCUGCAGUUCUCUAUGCUUGUGUGACAGAUUGCAAUGUCGAUUUUGGAAUGUCUUACUUCAACCGCAUUAAGACACCAACAGUUGCACAUUUUGUUCUGAUGGUAGCCCUUCUAGCUCGUGCUGGACUCUUUGAUGAGGUAGGCACCUUUAUUGAGGAACACCGGAUUGAAAAUAGUGCAGAGGUAUUAAGAGCUUUACUAGAUGGUUGCAGGAUCCACCGGCAAGUAACGAUGGGAAAACGAAUUGUCGAACAACUUUGUGAAUUGGAGCCCCUCAAUGCUGAGAACUACGUUUUACUAUCGAAUUUGUAUGCUGAGAAUGCAAAAUGGGACCUAGUUGAUAAACUAAAGACAACGAUCAAAGACAUGGGUUUGAAGCCUAAAAGUGCAUACAGUUGGAUAGAGUUUCGAAACAAAGUUCACGUGUUUGGAACAGGUGACGUUUCUCACCCCAGAUCCGAGAAAAUAUAUUGGGAAUUGCAUCAUUUAAUGAAGAAAAUGGAAGAUGAAGGACACGGACCUAAUCCAGAAUUUAGCCUCCACGAUGUCGAUGAAGAACGCGAAUGUAUUCUAAUCGGACAUUGUGAGAUGUUAGCCAUUUCUCUCGGGCUUAUCAGUACACAAGAAAGAGUAACUGUUCGUGUCACAAAGAAUCUCCUAGUAUGUAGAAGCUGCCAUGGCUUUGCAAAGGCUAUAUCCAAGAUGGUAGAUAGAGAAAUCAUUAUAAAAGAUCCUAACUGUUUCCAUCAUUUCAAGAAUGGAAGCUGUUCAUGUGGGGAUCUUUGGUGAUUUCUUUUCCCACCUUAUCUAUAUUUUAUAUAUCCAAGUCUCGAGAUUUCCGUAGAGCUUGAUUUUCCUAAG